AUGCCUGGGCCUCCAGGACCUCCAGGAAAACCAGGAUAUGGAGCACCAGGACCACAAGGAAAACCUGGUCAACCAGGCAUACCUGGUAAGCAGGGGGAACGUGGAUAUCAAGGAGAAAAAGGUGACAACGGACCUAUAGGACUACCAGGACAAAGAGGUCAGCAAGGACCACCAGGAUUUCCAGGACCUGCUGGAAUUUCUGCUGUUGGCACACCAGGUCCACAAGGUGCAGUAGGAAACCCUGGGCCUAGAGGUGCACCUGGAUUUAAAGGUGAACCUGGAAUGUCAGGGAUAAAUGGAAUCAAAGGACAAGAUGGAUAUGGAAUUCCAGGUCAACCAGGAGAAAGAGGUCUACCUGGUCUCUCCGGCCCACCUGGACCACAGGGCCCUGCUGGAAUAGGCAAACCUGGUUUAAAUGGUCUUCCUGGACAGCCAGGAAAAUUAGGUGAUAGAGGUUUACCAGGAUUACCAGGACCUUCUGGACCUAAAGGACAGAUAGGACUACCAGGCAUGCAUGGCCCACAAGGAAUGCAAGGUUAUGGAAAGCCAGGCUUACCAGGAGUGAAAGGACAAAGGGGGGCUGAAGGGAUUCCUGGUGUUCCUGGUAUAAAAGGUGGUCAGGGACCAGUAGGUCUCCCGGGAGAGCCAGGAUUACCAGGGUUUCCAGGAAAUGGAGGUAUGCAGGGACAUAGAGGGCUUCCAGGAGAUGUUGGAUUUCCAGGACAAAAGGGUGAUGUUGGUUCUAAAGGUAUUCCUGGAGCUCUUGGUCCAAAAGGUGAAAGAGGUACUCCAGGACUAGAAGGAAAAUCGGGAUAUCCAGCAGGGAUGCCAGGACAAAAAGGAGAGAAAGGGAUAGUAGGACCACAAGGUCCACUUGGGGCAAUUGGUCCAGUAGGCCCUAGAGGUGAAAUGGGCUACAGUGGAGAACAGGGACCAAGAGGGGCUACAGGAAUACCAGGUAUGAGGGGGCCAUCAGGAGCACCAGGAAUUUCAGGUCCUCCUGGUCAGAAGGGUGAACAGGGCUUACGUGGUAUACCAGGUCCAGCUGGAAUUGCAACAAAUGGUGUACAAGGACCAAUAGGAUCUCCUGGAAUUCCUGGCCCAAGAGGAAUUAUGGGUGAGCCAGGAUUGCCUGGUCAGCCAGGUCCACCAGGCCCACCAGGUCAGGUAAUAAUGCCACACCACUUGCCUGAUGGCUACUCAAAAUCAGGGCAAAUUCAAGGCCUAAGGGAAAUACGUGCCUCUGCAUUUACUGCUGUUCUCUCCAAAGCCUUUCCAGCAGUGGGAGUACCUAUAAAAUUUGAUAAAAUUUUAUAUAACAGACAAAAUCACUAUGAUGCUCGAACUGGAAUAUUUACAUGCAGGAUACCGGGACUAUAUUAUUUUGCUUACCAUGUACAUGUAAAAGGUACAAAUAUUUGGGUGGCACUAUACAAAAAUGGUACACCAAUAAUGUACACAUAUGAUGAAUAUAAGAAAGGAUACCUUGACCAGGCAUCGGGAAGUGCUGUCAUAGACCUAACAGAAAAUGACCAAGUUUGGCUCCAGUUACCCAGUGCAGAAUCUAACGGUUUAUAUUCUUCUGACUAUAUACAUUCCUCUUUCUCAGGAUUUUUAUUUGGCUUAACAUGA